UAAGUCACCUUACUUAAGUCACAACCACCAACUGGAAAGAACUCAUGGGAAAUGUUGAAGUAAAGGCAAAAAGUUUUUUUAAUCAUGUUUUUAAUAAAAAGGGAUAUAUAUUUCUUUAUUAGACUACUUUACAAUGUCUAAUACUAUGCAGACUAAACUUGAGUAAAACCGAAUUAUCUAUAAGCUAUUGCUUAAUGGAUUGGAUUUGUGAAAAAAAUGAGCUAUCUUUAUGAAAACGACUGAACAAUGUCCAUUUAUAACACGGUAUUACCUGCAGAUCAAAAAGGGGAUAUGCAGCAAAUGCAUGGAAAUUAAGAUUACAUCUCAGUGGACCCCUCUGCUUUGUGAGGACUGAGGAAGUUUGCAGGAAUCCAGCUCUCCUGCUCUGAGGUCCCUGUGUGUCUUGUUUUUAGACUACACUCUUGGCUAAUUAGCCCGUUACAGCUGUGUGUUCUUUUUCUUGCAGUUCAGCAGGAGAGCAGUUCCAUUGGCAGACACAAGAUGGCCAAAAAGACAUCGAAGAUGAACUCACAACAGGCCUUGAGCUGGUGGACUCCUGCAUCCGCUCUCUGCAGGAGUCAGGCAUUCUUGACCCACAGGAUUACUCCACAAGUGAAAGGCCCAGCCUGCUCUCCCAGAGUGCACUUCAGCUCAAUUCCAAACCUGAAGGGUCUUUCCAGUAUCCGGCCAGCUACCAUAGCAACCAGACCCUGGCCCUGGGUGACACAGCCCCUUCUCAGCUCCCAGCACGCAGCACGCAAGCCCGAGCUGCCGGACAGAGCUUCAGCCAGGGCACGACCGGUCGCGCGGGGCACCUGGCGGGCUCCGAGCCUGCGCCACCGCCUCCGCCUCCGCGGGAGCCCUUCGCGCCCAGCCUGGGCAGCGCCUUCCACCUGCCCGACGCGCCGCCCGCCGCCGCGGCGCUUUACUACUCCAGCUCCACGCUGCCCGCGCCGCCGCGCGGGGGCUCCCCGCUGACCACCACGCAGGGCGGCUCGCCCACCAAGCUGCAGCGCGGAGGCUCGGCCCCGGAGGGUGCCGCCUACGCCGCUCCGCGCGGCUCCUCGCCCAAGCAGUCGCCCAGCCGCCUGGCCAAGUCCUACAGCACCAGCUCGCCCAUCAACAUCGUCGUGUCCUCGGCCGGCCUGUCCCCGAUCCGCGUGACCUCGCCCCCCACCGUGCAGUCCACCAUCUCCUCUUCGCCCAUCCACCAGCUGAGCUCCACCAUCGGCACCUACGCCACCCUGUCGCCCACCAAGCGCCUGGUCCACGCGUCCGAACAGUACAGCAAGCAUUCGCAGGAACUGUAUGCCACCGCCACCCUCCAGAGGCCGGGCAGCCUGGCAGCUGGGUCCCGAGCCUCGUAUAGCAGCCAGCAUGGGCACCUGGCCCCUGAGCUGCGGGCCCUGCAGUCCCCAGAGCACCACAUAGACCCCAUCUAUGAAGACCGCGUCUAUCAGAAGCCCCCUAUGAGGAGUCUCAGCCAGAGCCAGGGGGAUCCUCUGCCGCCAGCACACACCGGCACCUUCCGCACGAGCACAGCCCCAUCCUCCCCUGGUGUCGACUCCGUCCCCUUGCAGCGCACAGGCAGCCAACACGGGCCACAGAAUGCCGCAGCAGCCACCUUCCAGAGGGCCAGCUAUGCUGCUGGCCCAGCCUCCAACUACGCAGACCCCUACCGACAGCUGCAGUAUUGUGCCUCCGCUGACUCUCCGUACAGCAAAUCUGGCCCUGCCCUCCCACCCGAAGGCACCUUGGCCAGAUCCCCGUCCAUUGACAGCAUUCAGAAAGACCCCAGGGAGUUCGGAUGGAGAGACCCGGAGCUGCCUGAAGUGAUACAGAUGUUACAGCAUCAGUUCCCUUCCGUCCAGUCCAACGCUGCAGCUUACCUGCAACACCUCUGCUUCGGAGACAAUAAGAUCAAGGCAGAGAUAAGGAGACAAGGAGGGAUACAGCUCCUGGUGGACCUGCUGGAUCACCGGAUGACAGAAGUCCACCGUAGUGCCUGUGGGGCUCUGAGGAACCUGGUCUAUGGAAAGGCCAAUGAUGAUAACAAAAUCGCCCUGAAAAACUGUGGUGGUAUCCCAGCACUGGUGAGACUCCUUCGCAAGACCACAGACCUGGAGAUCCGGGAGCUGGUCACAGGAGUCCUUUGGAACCUCUCAUCAUGCGAUGCCCUCAAGAUGCCAAUCAUCCAGGACGCCCUGGCAGUGCUGACCAAUGCAGUGAUCAUCCCUCACUCGGGCUGGGAGAAUUCACCUCUUCAGGACGACCGGAAAAUACAGCUGCAUUCAUCACAGGUGCUGCGCAACGCCACUGGGUGCCUAAGGAAUGUAAGUUCAGCUGGAGAGGAGGCCCGCCGCAGAAUGCGGGAGUGUGAUGGGCUCACGGAUGCCUUGCUGUACGUGAUUCAGUCUGCACUGGGGAGCAGUGAGAUCGAUAGCAAGACCGUUGAAAACUGUGUGUGCAUCUUGAGGAACCUCUCAUACCGGCUAGCAGCAGAAACGUCUCAGGGACAGCACAUGGGCACAGACGAGCUGGACGGGCUGCUCUGCGGGGAGGCCAAUGGCAAGGACGCAGAGAGUUCUGGGUGCUGGGGCAAGAAGAAGAAGAAAAAGAAAUCCCAGGAUCAGUGGGAUGGAGUAGGACCUCUUCCAGACUGUGCAGAACCACCAAAAGGGAUCCAGAUGCUGUGGCACCCAUCCAUAGUCAAACCCUACCUCACACUGCUCUCUGAGUGCUCAAACCCAGACACGCUGGAAGGGGCAGCGGGCGCCCUGCAGAACUUGGCUGCAGGGAGCUGGAAGGGCUGGGCUGAGGAUGUGGCAGGCAUGGCGUAUGCCCUACGUUCACUGCCAGAGGGGGCUCCCUGCCUGCCACAGUGGUCCGUGUAUAUCCGAGCUGCUGUCCGGAAAGAGAAAGGCCUGCCCAUUCUUGUGGAGCUCCUCCGAAUAGACAAUGACCGUGUAGUGUGUGCAGUGGCCACGGCACUCCGGAACAUGGCCCUGGAUGUCAGAAACAAGGAACUCAUUGGCAAAUAUGCCAUGAGAGACCUGGUCCACCGGCUUCCUGGUGGGAACAACAGCAACAACGCAGGGAGCAAGGCCAUGUCAGAUGACACCGUGACAGCCGUGUGCUGUACCCUGCAUGAAGUGAUCACCAAGAACAUGGAGAAUGCCAAGGCCUUACGGGAUGCUGGCGGCAUUGAGAAGUUGGUCGGCAUCUCCAAAAGCAAAGGAGAUAAGCACUCUCCAAAGGUGGUCAAGGCUGCUUCUCAGGUCCUAAACAGCAUGUGGCAGUAUCGAGAUCUGAGGAGUCUGUACAAGAAGGAUGGAUGGUCACAAUAUCACUUUGUAGCCUCAUCUUCAACCAUCGAGAGGGAUCGACAAAGGCCCUACUCCUCCUCCCGCACACCUUCCAUCUCUCCUGUGCGUGUGUCUCCCAACAACCGCUCAGCAAGUGCCCCAGCUUCACCUCGGGAAAUGAUCAGCCUCAAAGAAAGGAAGACGGACUAUGAGUCCGCUGGCAACAGCGCCACGUACCAUGGAACUAAAGGAGAGCACACCUCCAGAAAAGACACCAUGACAGCUCAAAACACUGGAGUUUCAACUUUGUAUAGGAAUUCAUACGGUGCACCCGCUGAGGACAUCAAGCAGAACCAGGUUUCCACACAGCCUGUCCCCCAGGAGCCAAGCAGGAAAGACUACGAGACCUACCAGCCCUUCCAGAAUUCCACGCGAAAUUAUGAUGAGUCCUUCUUUGAGGACCAGGUUCAUCACCGCCCUCCAGCCAGCGAGUACACCAUGCACCUGGGCCUCAAGUCCACUGGCAACUAUGUCGACUUCUACUCCGCUGCCCGUCCUUACAGUGAACUGAACUAUGAAACGAGCCACUACCCGGCCUCGCCCGACUCCUGGGUGUGAGGGGUCAGGACACGAGGCACUCUGGGGACAGUGCAUGUGCAUGCAUACACCACAGGACAUUCUGUUUCUUUUCUUUUCUUUUCUCUCUCUUUUUUUUUCUUUCCCUGCAAAUUUAGUUUGUUAAAGCCUGUUCCAAAAGGAAGGCUGUGAUAACCAGAAAGAAAUACUCAGAGCUAUUUUAGAAAGCUAAAAUGAAUCGAGCGUUAACCAGGAAAUCGAUAGGAAGCUAAACGCAAUUCUAAUUGUGACCCUAUUCAACACCUUUCUAGUUUGAACCGUAGCGUUUUGAAAGUGCUUUAUAGUCGGGGCGGCUGAAGGAAGGAGAGAGGACACAGUCAGGGUGGUGGGCGUGGAGGUUAUCGCUGAGCACAAGGCGGAAUAGUUUACACACUGUGGGGGAACGGCUUCUCACGCUUUGUUUACUCUCUUCACCCAUGUGACUCUAGGCUUCCAGUUGCACUGGGGUUCCUCUGUACAGCAAGACGUCUCUUGCCUUUUGUUAAUGCAUUGUUGUAAAGUAUUUGAUGUACAUUACAGAUUAAAGACGAAGAGUGCAUUGUGUAUAUUACACCAAUGCCACUGUGUUUCCUCAUCAAUGGUUCUAAAUAUUGCUCCAAUCUCAAACUUUUGAAAGAUGUAUGGGUUUCCAGUUUUCUUUUCUUUUCUUUCUCCCAGUAUGUUUUAACAAAAAAGGAAAAAAAAAAACAGGAAAAAAAAAGGAAUAUUUAGCAGUAUUGUUCGUUCUGAUAUGUGAUUUGUUUGUGGCAACUAAACGCAGCAUCCAGCAGUUUCUCCCGAGCUGACACGUCAUUCCACACCCCUCGUCAACAAAAUGCUUUUUCACUGCCUAAAAUUUUAGAUGUAGAUAUUUGAAAUAGAUUUUUUUCAUUUAUACCAGUUUUCUUUAUGAUGAUACAGUGUUAAAAGAAAAUAAAUUACAAUUGAUCUGUCAUCCA